GGGCAGGCGGGGCCGGGGGCGCGAGGCUGAGGCGACAGCCGCAGGUUUCUUGUUUUCCUCCUUUCCCUUCCCCCGUGUCCCACCAUGUCGGGCACCCGCGCGUCCAACGACCGCAGCGGCCACCCCGGCGGCGGCGUGAAGCGGGCGCGCAGCGAGCCGGGCGGCGAGCCGGGCAGCAACAAAGUGACGGUGGUGCUGGGGGCGCAGUGGGGGGACGAAGGCAAAGGCAAGGUGGUGGACCUGCUGGCCACCCAGUCGGACAUCGUGUGCCGGUGCCAGGGUGGAAAUAAUGCAGGCCAUACUGUUGUCGUUGAUGGGAAAGAAUAUGAUUUUCACCUCUUUCCGAGUGGCAUCAUUAAUCCAAAGGCAAUUUCUUUUAUUGGUAAUGGAGUGGUUAUACAUUUACCAGGCCUGUUUGAAGAAGCUGAAAAGAAUGAAAAGAAAGGUUUAAAAGACUGGGAGAAAAGACUGGUUAUAUCAGAUAGAGCACAUCUAGUGUUUGACUUUCACCAGGCGGUAGAUGGGCUCCAGGAAGUGCAACGUCAAGCGCAAGAAGGAAAAAAUAUUGGCACAACAAAGAAAGGGAUUGGACCAACAUAUUCUUCCAAAGCUGCACGAACAGGCCUUCGAAUAUGUGACCUCCUUUCUGACUUUGAUGAAUUCUCUUCAAGAUUUAAAAAUCUGGCACAACAAUACAAGUCAAUGUUUCCUACCUUGGAAAUAGACAUAGAAGGACAAUUGAAAAAGCUAAAGGGAUAUGCUGAAAAAAUCAGACCCAUGGUUCGAGAUGGCGUGUAUUUUAUGUAUGAGGCUCUUCAUGGCUCCCCAAAGAAGAUUCUUGUUGAAGGAGCCAAUGCAGCGUUACUUGAUAUUGACUUCGGCACAUAUCCUUUUGUGACUUCAUCGAACUGCACCGUAGGUGGUGUAUGCACCGGGCUUGGUGUCCCUCCCCAGCACGUCGGUGAUGUGUAUGGUGUGGUGAAGGCGUACACUACUCGAGUGGGAAUUGGAGCUUUCCCCACUGAGCAGAUUAAUGAAAUUGGAGAUCUUUUACAGUCCCGGGGCCAUGAAUGGGGUGUAACUACAGGCAGAAAGAGACGCUGUGGCUGGUUAGAUCUUGUCAGUUUGAAAUAUGCUCAUAUGAUCAACGGAUUCACUGCUUUGGCAUUAACAAAACUGGAUAUUCUUGAUGUCCUUGAUGAGGUUAAAAUUGGUAUUGCUUAUAAAUUGGGUGGAAAAAGAAUUCCAUAUUUUCCAGCUAAUCAGGACAUCCUACAGAAGGUCGAAGUAGAGUAUGAAACAAUGCCUGGGUGGAAGACUGACACAACUGGUGCACGAAAAUGGGAGGAUCUCCCACCCAAGGCCCAGAAUUACAUCCGAUGUGUGGAGAAUCAUCUUGGUGUGCCAGUUAAAUGGGUCGGAGUUGGAAAAUCAAGAGAGUCGAUGGUCCAGCUAUUUUAAACAAAUGAAGAACUUCAGUGAUGAGAAGCACAAUUUAGUAUUCAUCUGUUCCUUACUGCUUCCUUUUGAAAUGGAGAUGCUAUUCAAAACCGACAUGUUCUUAGAAUAGAACCAUAGAAUAGUUAGGGUUGGAAGGGACCUUAAAGAUCAUCUUGUUCCAACCCCCCUGCCAUGGGCAGGGACAUCCCAUGAGAUCAGGCUGCCCAAGGCCCCAUCCAACCUGGCCUUGAACACCUCCAGGGAUGGGGCAGCCACAGCUUCCCUGGGCAACCUGUGCCAGUGUCUCACCACUCUCAUAGUGAAGAAAUUCUUCCUAAUGUCUAGUCUAAGUCUGCCCCUCUCCGGUUUAUACCGGUUCCCUCUCAUCCUAUCCCCAAAAGCCUUUAUGAAUAGCCCCUCUCCAGCUUUCCUUUUCUUCUAGGAAUUUAAUAAAAGCAAAACAUAUAUUCUGUAUUUUAAGAUUUUAUUUGUCUUCAAGUUCUCAGUAAGUUCAAUUUAACAUAUAUUUGGUGGCCAUCAUAAAAAAAAAAUAAAAGUAUUCUUAAAGUAAAGAGAGGAUAUUUUUUUAAAUUUGAGCCAUGUUACUGUUUGAAAGUAUUUUGCAUCCAUAUAGAGUUAUUUCUUCUUGCUGAAACAGUAUUAAGCCUUUUCUAGUAGUUACUGGGUGACUUUGGAAUUGUGAAGCUUGGAUUUGUUCUUCCACUUCAAAUGUUAAAUUAUCUAUGUAUCUGGGUUGGCAGUAAUAAGGCAGAUACCAAGUGCUUUCUAUAAUCCAAAUUGGUUGGAUUAUACAGAUUUUCAGUUUCUAAAAUACAGUAGAGGUGUUAGGUGCAUUUGACUGCUCAAAGCAAACACCAUUAUAUAUAAUUUUUAUACAAUUAUUUUUUAAUAGCCCAUUAAAAUGAAUGGAGAGCAGCUAAAGUAUUUUUAUCACAGAACCUGUUUCAGUAACUGAGAUAACAUCUGUAUAGGGGCCAAACUGGAGACAGUUGACCUGCCUAAUAAUUCUUCUAAAUAUCCUGUGUGCUAACAGGCAGUCCCUCUGGAGGCUGUCAGACAUGCAGUCUGUAUUUUAUGCAGUGGAGGAGGAGUGAGUGAAUGUGGAAGGAAGACAGUCCUCAGGAUACAGAGCGUGGGCAGAGUGGAGCUGAGAAGAGCAUGCUGUGUCUUCUCAGUGAACCUCACACAUUUUUUUUUCUGUUCAUGCAGUGAUUGCAAUUUCCAAAGUUCCGCUGUGGUUGUCUGUUGAGGAACUUGGGACUUGCAGCUCUGUAAGGCACACUUGCUUCCACAGCUCCUAGGUUUCCAAGAAUAAAUCAAUGCAUGACUUAAUGACGACUGCUGCAGUAUUUACACCCCUCACACGUUUUGACCUUCCUCAGCAAAAUGUAAUGUCUAUUUAUAGAAGGGGACAACAUGUGGCAGCCAAAGUUGGGACAUGCAUGGAGAGGUCCCGAAAUUUUCAAGAAUACACUUGGAUUUCUUUGUUGAUCUUCUAAUUUAUAGUGGUUACACAUCAAGUGCUCUCAAAAAGACCUACUUCUUGUGGAGGAAAAAGAAUACACAAGAAACUAAGUUACUCCGUAACUGGAAUUUUCCAAGUAAAUGUUGUUUUCCAUGUUGUUGUUUCUCAGAGAGCUAUAACAAUAUUUUGUGUCAUUCCCAGGGGCUGUGGAAAUGGCAUCGCAAGCUCAGUAAUGCCAUUAUAUAAUGUAUGAAAAUACAGUUUUUCUGAGGUGGUAACUCCAAGGAUACAAAAUUAUUACAUUCUUUGCAUCAGAGAUGGGGAAAAAGAAAAGCCUGUCUGGAGUAUCUUGUGUCGUGUUUGCCCUCUUUGUCUUUUCUCACCUAAUAUUAAAUUACAGUAGUGUUCAAACCUAUUUCUGUCAAGAAGCAGUUAGAAAAGUACUGGUACGAACACAUAGCAAGCACUAAAUUUAACUUUACUGAUGUAUUGCUGCUUGUAGGGCAGAAUUCUUGUACCCUCUAGCUGCAGUGUGGUCUCUGCAUAUCCCAGUUCGCCACAGACUGUGGCUUUAUGCCACAAGCAAAUACCCUUUCUCUCUUAAUUAUUAAUAAAAAAGAGCCCAAAGCUGUGAAUCCUCAAUUCAGCUAUAGCUCCUUUGUCCAUCUUUGACAAGUGGUUUAAUCUCCCUGCUACUGCUUUUUCAGUCUGUGAAAUGGCAAUUAGGAAUACAUGCUCACUUUUACACUGGUUUUUGGAGGUCCCUGGGUGGAGCUUUGCAGUCCUUGCUCUCACAUUGAUGAGGAAGCUCGCCCUGUAGCAGUUACGGGUGUUCUGAUGAAAAAGUGACAAGAUUUCUGAUCUUAUUUAAUAGUUUGCACAGCAAUUCUGAAGGGCACUUGCUAAGUGCUAAUUAUUACAAGCACUGUCAAAUGUGCCUCAUUUUUAUGAGGUAAUUUAAGCCUAAAGAGGCUUGGCAGUACAGUAAUUAAGUUUUGUUCUCACAUGGCUUAACCUUGUGACAUUUGCCUACUGGAUGAUCUAGACCUAUUCUUGGCCCCACCUUCAUCGGUGCAUUUGUGCUAGGAGGUUGCCGCUAUAUUUAAGUUUUGAUUAAUUUAUAGGCCAAGUCCAUAAUGACUAACUAGCCACUCAGUGUGCUGAAUAACUGGAUUAAAUUAUCAACUCUAAAUGAAGUAUUUGGUAUACUGAAAAAAAAUGGAAUUUAGAGCUUAAUUUUCACAGGAUUACUUUCUCUUGUUCAGCUGGUCAUUUAUUUUCCAAUAGGUAAUUUUUCCAUUAAGUCUCAGUUAGAAUCACAUUGCCUGCCUUUCCAUUCAAGGAUUCAUCAGAAAACCUGGUGAUAUUGGCAGUGGGCAUGAUGUAACAGGCAGUUAUCCCAUGACUUAUUCUGCUGCUGUAAAAGUAAUAUACAUUUCAUUUCAUCGCAUGGACUAUUUAAAUGUAAGUUCUGCUCCUAUUGAAUUUCAUAUGUCGUCAUUGAGUUAAAUGUGAAUGAGUUCAGACUUAUAUUGAAAAUCUCUAAUCUAUUGAGUGACACAAUGCUUAAUAAGAACAUUUUAAUGUAAAUUUGCUUUCAUUUUGGCUGUUUCCCAUGUGUAUUAUUUUAUAUUGCUUGGAAUUUCAUUUAAUAACAAUCACUAUGAUGAGUUUAACUUCUUUCUCCUCGGCCGAAUGCAAUAAUAAUGAGUAAAGCUGGUUGAUGCAUCAUACUGUUAGAUAUCUGGAUGGAAGAGUAAGAGAAGACAUCUACCAAAAUGGCAUACUUAGUGGUAAAGAGUAUUGGUUUUGAAGUAGCACUUACUGAUUCACUUGUUGCACAUUAAGGUAUUUGACACAUUUUCUCAGUUACCUUACGAUAUGGCCUUCAGUCAGGUGUGUGCUUCCUAAGACACGCAGGAUAGGAUGUUGAAGCUUUUGUAAUUUUUAAUCUGGCUGUACAUGGUCUUAUAGUUCUGGCAUAAUGCACUUUAUAAAAGGAGAGAAGAUUAAGCAUUUCCAGUGUAGUGUGCGAACUAUACUUACACCUUAUGCAGAUUUUUUUUCAGAUGAAUUUUGAAUCCACACCUGUUUAUUUGUCUGAAAGACAUUAAAGCCAAUUUAAAGUAACAGUG